UGCUCAGUGCAGCCGCAGCCGCCCGCCUCUGUCAGUGGAGGACGUCCACUUAAAUGCAGUUCCAGGGUUGCAAGGCACCCAGCAACAUCACUCCCCGUGUGAGCAGGCAAAUGCAACAUGCUCUCCAGCCUGGGGUGUCUGCUUCUCUGUGGAAGUAUUGCUCUUGCUCUGGGAAAUGCACAGAAAUUGCCCAAAGGUAAAAGGCCAAGCCUGAAAGUGCACAUCAAUACCACCAGCGACUCCAUCCUCUUGAAGUUCCUGCGUCCAAAUCCAAAUGUAAAGCUGGAAGGCUUUCUCCUGGGAUAUGGCAGCAACGUGUCUCCAAACCAGUUCUUCCCUCUGCCCACAGAAGGGAAAUUCACCGAGGCUGUAGUAGAUGCAGAACCAAAGUACCUGAUUGUCGUGCGCCCUGCUCCUCCUCCCAGCCAGAAGAAGUCCUGUUCAGGUAAAUCUCGCCCUCGCAAACCUCUCCAGCUGGUGGUUGGCACAUUGACACCAAGCUCUGUCUUCCUGUCCUGGGGUUUCCUCAUCAAUCCACACCACGACUGGACAUUGCCAAGUCACUGUCCCAAUGACAGAUUUUAUACAAUUCGAUAUAGAGAAAAAGAUAAAGAAAAGAAAUGGAUUUUUCAACUCUGUCCAGCAACUGAAACAAUCGUGGAAAAUCUAAAGCCCAACACGGUUUAUGAGUUUGGUGUGAAAGACAAUAUAGAAGGUGGAAUCUGGAGUAAGAUUUUCAAUCAUAAGACUAUUGUUGGAAGUAAAAACAAAGUAAAUGGGAAAAUCCAAAGCACUUAUGACCAGGUCCACACAGUGCCAGCAUAUGUCCCAAGGAAGCUAAUUCCAAUAACAGUCAUCAAACAAGUGAUUCAGAAUGUUACUCACAGGGCUUCAACCAAGUCCCCAGACAAGACUCCUUUUGGAGGAACAAUACUAGUUCAUCUUAUUAUUCCGGGACUUAAUGAUUCCAUUGUAAAGCUUCCCCCAUCCAUAAUGCUUGAGAUUUCAGAUGCUCUCAAGGCGCAAUUAGCUAAGAAUGAAACACUGGCAUUACCAGCAGAAUCUAAAACACCAGAGGUUGAAAAAGCGGCACCACAGCCAGUAACAGUGACUCCGGAAACAGUUUUAAGGAGCACUAAGCCCACACUGUCUAGCACCUUAGACACUGCAGAAACAGCACUGGUUUUCAGGGAGAAGACCGCAGAGACAGCACACUCUGCCCUAAUUCCUGAGUUGGAAUUGCCCAUGAGCACUCUAGCUCCAAAAAGGUUCCCAGAGUUUCCGGAGGCAAGAACAGCCCUCCCUUCGGAGAAACCUGGGGAUGUCUUGGCAUCAAGUGAAGAGCCGUGGGUGGCACCUGGAGCUGAGACAUCUGAAGACUCCAGAGUUGGACAGCCUCAAACCGCAACUUAUGAUGUUAUCUCAAGCUCAACAACUUCAGAUGAGACUGAAAUAGAGUCCCAUACAGCAACAAGUGAUUCUAUUCUGGACUCUGUCUCACCUAAAACAUCUAGAACUCCUGGACAGCCAAGGGCAACACUGGCUCCGAACAAAGCACCAUUUGACCCCCAAAAUGUGGAAAUCUUCACCAGUGCUGAAGUGCAACGUACAACAGCUGCUCCCCAGCAAACUACAUCUACCCCUUCUACACCCAAACGACCCUUCAGACCCAACCCGUCCAAAGUCAAGCCUGCUCCCAGGCAGACUCCAGGCAUGCCUCCCAAACUCAAAACAAGACCUCGCCCAAGAGUCCCAGAAAAACGGCCAGUUCCUAAGGAAUCCCAGCAUACUGCUUCAAAACCCAAAAUGCCACCAAGUCCUGAAGUGGCAGACACUACAUCUGUUCCGAAAGGUGAACAACUCUCCCAUAAACCAGACCUGGAGGUCUCUCACAGGGAAACUGUUCUGUCUCCUGUCACCUUUAGUGUUGAGCCGCCAAAGACAACAAUAGCAUCUUUAGAGACACGAGGCAUUCCUCGCAUGCCUGUGAUUUCUCCAAGACCUAGUCAAGAGGAACUACAAACUGCCCUGGAAGAAACAGACCAAUCUACACAAGAGCUCUUUACAACUAAGAUGCCACGAACGACUGACCUGGCAAAGACAACUCAGGCACCACACAGAUUGCACAUGACUCCUGUGAAGCCCAGAAUACCUGACAAACCACAUGCCAGGCCUGGUCUAAACAAAACAACUACAAGACCUGGUAAAACCAAAUCCAGAGGAAUGGCCAAUGGAAAUGGAGUAGGAACAGGAAGCAAGCAAGGGCCCAAGCCAUCAAGCCCUGGGAGAAAUAUGACAGUGCCCUCACACACCAUCAAAAAACCAGCCACAAUCCCAGGGACUCGUCGCCCACCCAUGCCACCUAGACCUAUGCCCCCUAGACCUAUGCCUCCAAACAGAAAACCUUUACCACCGAAUAAUGUCACCGGAAAGCCAGGAAGUGCAGGAAUCAGUUCCUCGGGCCGAGCAACUUCACCACCCAUGAAGGCAACGCUCAAACCUAUCGGAACAGCCACAGAGAGAUCAGAGGCAGAAAAAAAGCAACCAACUGCUCCUGCUUCCGAGGAAGAAUUUGAUAACACAACUGAUUUUAGUUCAAGCCCAACCAAAGAAACCGAUCACCUUGGGAAGCCCAGAUUCGUAGGUCCUCAUGUGCGAUACAUCCCAAAGCCUGACAACAGGCCCUGUUCCAUCACUGACUCUGUCAGACGGUUCCCUACAGAGGAAGCCAUGGAGGGAAACGCCACCAGCCCACCACAGAACCCACCCACCAACCUCACUGUGGUCACUGUGGAAGGCUGCCCCUCGUUUGUCAUCUUGGACUGGGAAAAGCCACUAAAUGACACUGUCACCGAAUAUGAAGUCAUAUCCAGAGAAAAUGGCUCAUUCAGCGGGAAGAACAAAUCCAUUCAAAUUACCAAUCAAACCUUUUCUACAGUAGAAAAUCUAAAACCAGAUACAAGCUAUGAAUUCCAGGUGAAACCCAAAAAUCCACUUGGUGAGGGCCCUGCCAGUAACACGGUGGCAUUCAGCACUGAAUCAGCUGACCCAAGAGUGACUGAGCCCAUUUCUGCAGGAAGAGAUGCCAUCUGGACUGAAAGAGCCUUCAAUUCAGACACUUACUCAGAAUGUAAAGGCAAACAAUAUGUUAAAAGGACAUGGUAUAAAAAAUUUGUUGGAGUGCAACUAUGUAACUCUCUCAGAUACAAGAUUUAUUUGAGUGAUUCCCUCACAGGCAAGUUUUACAACAUAGGAGAUCAGAGAGGUCAUGGAGAAGAUCACUGCCAGUUUGUGGAUUCAUUUUUAGAUGGCCGCACAGGACAGCAACUCACCUCUGACCAGUUACCCACCAAAGAAGGCUUUUUCAGAGCCGUUCGCCAGGAACCUGUCCAAUUUGGAGAAAUAGGUGGUUAUACCCAAAUCAAUUAUGUCCAAUGGUAUGAAUGUGGGACCACAAUACCUGGAAAAUGGUAGAUGAAGCAAAAUUAUUCCUCAAGUACUUCUGGUUUGUUAUCGCAAAAAGAAACAAACAAACAAAAAAA